AUGGUGCUGGACAUGGCUGGGCGCCCCAGGCUCCUCCUGAUGGUGAUGGUGGUCUGGACCCUGUGCAGCUCCCAGGCAGCUCCUGUCACCAGGGCCCUCAGGGGCCAGCCGGGGACCAGCGACUGCCACCUGGCCCAUUUCAGCUCGCUCUCCCCACAAGAGAUGCGGGCCUUCAAGACAGCCAAGGACGCCUUGGAACAGUCCCCCUUGCUGCAGGAGGCCAAGUGCAGCUCCCGCCUCUUCCCCAAGGCCUGGAAGCUGAGGCAGCUGCCGGUGUGGGAGCGCCCCGAGGCCCUGCGUGCUGAGCUGGCCCUCACACUGCAGGUCCUGGGCUCUGUGGCUGAGCCUGCCCUGCGGGACAUCCUGGAGCAGCCGCUCAACACCCUGCGCCACAUCCACUCCCAACUCCAGGCCUGUGCCCAGGCUCAGCCCUCAGCCAGCCCCAGGCCCCCCAGCCGUCACCUGUCCCACUGGCUGCACAGGCUCCAGGCCGCCCCGAAAAAGGAGUCUCCAGGCUGCCUGCUGGCCUCUGUCACCUUCAACCUGCUGCGUCUCCUCAUCCGGGACCUGAGCUGUGUCGCCAAGGGACCCCAGUGCGCAUGA